AUGGCUAGAGAUAAUUACACAGUGGUGACCAACUUCAUUCUAUUUGGAUUAACAGAUCAUCAGGAGAUGCGCCCUCUGCUCUUUUCUGUGUUUUUCAUAAUCUAUAUUAUCACUCUGUCAGGGAAUAUUGGAAUGAUUUUAUUAAUCUGGAUUGAUCCCCAGCUUCAUACACCAAUGUAUUUUUUUCUUAGCAAUCUGUCCCUUUUAGAUGCUUGUUAUUCCACCACCAUCACACCAAAUAUGCUGGCCAACAUCUUAGAGGACAACCAAUCCAUCUCGUAUACUGCUUGUGUUGCACAAUAUUGUUUUUUUGCCAUCUUUGCCACCACAGAAUUCUUCCUCUUGGCUGCCAUGGCAUAUGACCGAUAUGUGGCUAUCCACAGUCCUUUGCUCUACAUGACUAUAAUGACUAAGAGGGUCUGCACAACACUUGUAGCUGGAUCAUACUUUUGGGGCUUUGUGAAUUCUCUCAUUCACACAAGUGGACUGCUAACAUUAUCAUUCUGUGGUUCUAAUGUUCUCAACCAUUUUUUCUGUGAUCUCACCCCCCUCCUGAAACUAUCCUGCAGUGAUAUCUACUUAAACGAGACAAUGGCUUUGAAAAAUUAUACCAUGGUAUCUGAAUUCAUCCUUCUUGGAUUAACAGAUCGUCUGGAUCUUCAGGUCCCUCUCUUUGUCUUAUUUCUAGUAAUUUAUGUUCUGACAUUGGCUGGGAAUGUGGGAAUGAUUGUAUUGAUCAGGAUCAGUCCUCAGCUCCAUACCCCCAUGUAUUUCUUUAUCAGCAAUCUGUCUUUGGUUGAUCUCUGCUAUUCUUCCAUCUUUGCUCCAAGGCUGCUAAUGAAUUUUGCUCAGUCAAAAAUAAUUUCUUAUGCUGGCUGCAUCACCCAACAUUGUUUUUUUGUUGUGUUUGUGACUACUGAAGGAUUCUUACUAGCUGCAAUGGCAUAUGACCGCUAUGUAGCCAUUUGCAGUCCACUGCUCUAUACUGCUAUUAUGACCAAAAGAGUUUGCAUUCAUCUCCUAGGAGGGUCAUAUUUGGGGGGGCUAUUGAAUUCAUUCACACACACAUCUGGCUUAUUGAUAUUAUCAUUCUGUGUUCCUAACACAGUCAAUCACUUUUUCUGUGAUACACCAGCUAUGCUGCAAGCUGCAUGCUCUGAUAUCCACAUCAAUGAACUUCUGUUGGUCAUCUUCUCUGGGGUAAUUGCUCUUUCUACAUUCCUGAUCAUCAUAAUCUCCUAUCUAUGCAUCCUCACCACAGUCCUAAAGAUCCACUCUUCUGAGAGCAGAUACAAAGCCUUCUCAACCUGUGCUUCCCACCUGACAGCUGUAACCUUGUUCUAUGGACCAGUAAGUUUAAGUCAUUUGCAGCCUGCUUCCAUGUACUCUCAGGAGCAAGAAAAAAUCUCAGCUGUGUUCUAUACUUUGGUAGUCCCUAUGCUGAACCCACUGAUUUACAGCUUGAGGAAUAAAGAAGUAAAGAAUGCUUUAAAGAAAGUAAUCAGCAGUUAAAAUUGAUAAUGCAUUCUU